AUGGGUUCAGUUCGAGACAGUCUGGCAGACCUCGAGCGUCAUCGCCAAAUACUUGAGCAGAGUGUCACCAGACUGGAGGAGUCUCUGGACGAGUGGCGACAAUGGAAACGCGAGUACGAAACCCUGAGGGACGAAGUCAAGUUGCUCCCCCCCGAAGCCCGGCGCAAGGAACUCACUCGAACGCGACAAUCCUUCAAAGGUGAUCUCGUAGAUGACAAAGUCUUGGUCGAAAUAUUUGGAAAGAACGACUCCGGGAAGCCCUCCCAAAUUAUCGGCGUCGUCUCGAAUCGCAUUGAUUAUGUCGCAAGAAACGUCGAGACGCUGGCGAAGCAGCUUACGAUGGCUGAGAACAAACUGGCGGCCGCCCGCGUUGUGACCAACCCAGAAGCAGAAGAUGAAGACGGCCUACCUAUCACUGAGAUUGUGGAGGAGCUGGAUGAUGACGAUAAUGUAGUUUCAUUUGAUUUGCGAACUGCUGGAAGCAACCAAACCCGACUUCUCGAGGCACUGGAGAAAGCCGGCAUCACGGAAGACGCGGCUCGCGACCCUGAAACGCCUACACCCGCUACACAAAAGCAAAACCAGACCUCGAUGGCGGUGACGAAGUCUCCAGCGCCCAGUGCGGAAACCCAGGCUCAGCCGAAGAAAAAGAAGGGCGUGACGUUUGCUGAAGAUACAGUGUCUGGAGAGAAACAGCCCCUGUCUAAGACCGCCAAAAAGGUUGAGGAAAUCAUGCGCAUGGCUGAAGAGCAAGAAAGCGUGAUAGAUCAACCAGUGAUACCAGUUGAUGAGCCAGACGAGUAUGCCCAGCUUCGGAGGGACAUGCUGGCGUACAACCUCGCAGAUCCUGCCCCAGUGGUUGCCGAACUACAAAUCGACGAGGGGCCCUUUUCAGAUGAUGAAUUUGAUACCCUCGACUACUCCGAAUUCGAGGAAGAUGAAGAUGAAGAUGAUGACGAGGACGAAGACCAAUGGGGCAGGUCGACUGGACGGGUUAUCGAUGAAGAGUACCGCCAGAAGAUGAUUGAGAUCCAAGAACGACUGAUGAAGCAAAUGUCUGGGCAGGCCGAUGCCCUCGAAGAUGAAUCAUCCAACCGCGCCGGUGGAGAUGCUGGCAAGGAAGAUGACGAAAGCGACCAAGAUGAAAUGGAGGGUAUUGGCAGGAUCAGGAUCAAAGCUUUCACGCCGAUCCCUUCUAGUAUGGAGUCCCCAGCCCAAGCCGAGCCAACUGGGGAAUCCGAGGCCAAGAAAAGCGUCAGAUUUGCGGAAAAGCUGGAUAUUUCCGACAAACCCGCUUCGAGACCAGAUACUACCCCGGUGAAACCACCAACGAAGCCCGUGGUCGACCCUCUUUCUGACGUAGUUGAGCGAAGUGGUAUUCAAGACACCACGCCUGCACCCGGGCCGACGAAGAAAGCAUCGAGGUUCAAGAAGGAAAGAGCGUCGGCGGAACCAAAUCAUCUUUUUGCCAGUCCCGCGGCCACAGGAGGAACAUUCAUUCUCCCCGAAAGACCUGUGGCGGAGCGCCCAACUGCCCCAUCUGGUCCUGAGGGUCAGACUCUUGCGACCACCGUUCUCGAGCGCGACGGCCCGUUAGAAGCCCAGGAACCAGAUGAGCUUGAUGCCAGCUUGUUGCAGCAAGAAGUCGCGGUGGAAUAUAACAGGAUGCGAAACAAGAUGAUUCAACGCCAGGGUGGCUUCAUGAAGGAGGACGAAUCGGUGAUUCGGCCAUUGGAUGAAGAGGAGGGUGGCCCGAAACGCAUGAGCAAGUUCAAGGCAGCGAGGCUGGCUAGAUCGUAG